AUGGGCUUUGGCAGCGCGAGGCGAGGGGCGAGGGGCCUGAGGGGCAGAGACAGGCCGGCCGCCCCGCAGUGCCUGGAGACCCAGUGCUUCGACCCGCUGGUUCGCAAAUGUGUGGCCUGCAGUCUCCUCCGGACGACAGAGCCUAGACCGGGCGGCCCGAGCAGCCUGGCGCCCGGGACGGCGCUGCAGCCGCAGGAGUCGGUGGGUCCGGGGGCCGCCGCCGAGGCCGAGGCCGCGCUGCCGCUCCCGGCGCUGCUCUUCGGCGCCCCCGCGCUGCUGGGCCUGGCGCUGGCCCUGGUCCUGCUGGGCCUGGUGAGCGGGAGGCGCCGACGGCGACGGCCCGGCGCGGCGGCUGCCCCAGAGGCCCUGGAGGCCCCGGACGGAGACCAGGAUGCCCCAGAGCCCCUGGACAGUGACAGCAUCCUCUCCCCGGGAACCCUGGAUGCCACAGCUCCCAUCUGGCUUCCGCCCAGUGAAGACCCAGCUACCACCCCACCUGCCCACAGCGUCCCUGUGCCAGCCACAGAGCUGGGUUCCACUGAGCUGGUGACCACUAAGACGGCCGGCCCGGAGCAACCAUAG